AGUUUAUUGAAAGCAUUCCAACAAGUCCUGAAAGAUUACAAUUGACAAAUCGAAUUCAAUAUGAUCCAUCAGUAUCAUCUCAAUAUUUAAUACAAAUUGAAAUCUUAUCAACUAAAGAUCCUUAUCAAGAUCCUGUUUCCCAAAUUGUUGAAGACAUCACAGGAUUAAUAAAAGAUCGGGAUGCAAUCUUAUAUAUGAAUAAUUAUACAAAAUACUUGGAUUCAUCAUAUGGAUUAAUAAUAAAUU